UUAUAAUAUAAAUGAAUAAAUAUGAAGUCUUAGGAGUAGUGGGAGAAGGUGCUUAUGGAGUAGUAUUGAAAUGUAAAAACAAGGAAACAAAUGAGAUAGGUAAUUCUAUGUCUAUAAUAAUUAGUGGCAAUAAAGAAAUUUAAGGAAACAGAAGAUAAUGAGAUUGUUAAGAAGAGCAUUUAAAGAGAAGUAAAGGUGUUGAGACUAUUGAGACACAUCAAUAUCGUAGAAUUGAAGGAGGCAUUUAAAAGGUUUAAAGUUAGGGCUAUAAUUAUUAGGAAGGGAAGAAUUUAUUUGGUGUUUGAGUAUGUGGAGAGAAACCUACUCGAAGUGUUGGAAGCAUCACCUUCUGGUUUAGAAGUAUUAUAUCAGAUUAGUUUUAGCCUUUGUAUAUUAAAAAAACAAUCUUUUAACUUCUAAAAGCCAUCUAUUGUUGUCAUUAACAUGAUAUAGUCCAUAGAGACAUAAAACCAGAGAAUUUACUUAUAAGUAAUGCGAACGUGUUGAAGUUAUGUGAUUUUGGAUUUGCCAGAGUAAAAUAAAUAUCAAUAUUCAGUCAUUGACAGCUUAAACAUAGGAUCUUACUGAUUAUGUAGCAACUAGAUGGUAUAGGGCACCAGAAUUGUUACUAAGUUAUUCAAAUUACGAUAAAGGUGUUGAUAUGUGGUAAUUAUUGUGCAAUAACAUUGUAAAGGGCAAUCGGAUGCUUAUUGUGUGAAUUAACUGAUGGCAAUCCCUUAUUUCCCGGAGAAAACGAGAUGGAUCAACUAUAUUUAAUCUAAAAAAUGCUGGGACCUUUGACUCCUAGUCAAUAAGAAACUUUUUCUAAAAACCCUAGAUUUUUAGGCAUGAAAUUUCCAGAAAUCUCAAAACCAGAAACUUUGGAAUAAAGGUUUUUACUUUAAUUAUUUGAAUAGAUAUUUAUGCAAACUACCUAAAAGAGCAAUCAACUUUGUAAAGGGGUUGUUAAAGAUGGAACCAUCCGAGCGAUUAACCUGUAGACAAGCUUUGAAACAUUAGUAUUUCGAAGAUUUGCCAGAAGCUAUAGAAUUUAUGAAAGAAUUGGAUUAGUAAAUAGAAUAAGAGAAAAGACAAGUAAGUGCUGGAGUUAAUAGAACAGCACAAUCUCCAACCAGUUAAUAGAAUGUAAUAAGAACCAAAGUAAUAUGACAUUUAACAAUUAAUAGACUUCUUUUAAGGUACCAAAUUAUUUGGGACAAUAAUUAAAUAUGUAAAGCACAGCUUAUGCUUACAAUAUACAGUAAUAAGAUUAAGGAUAACAAUAGUAGAAUCAACAAUAAUAAUCAACCAUGAAGAAAACGGUAAUACGUUUAAAUUUAAGUGUUAGCAGUCGAUUGACAAAUUGAUCCCAUAGUACAAAGAUACAAAAGUAGGGUUUGUUUCAGAUACAAAUAAAAUAAAAAUUUCUGGUUCUUAAUUUAGUCAAUAGCAAUUUGCUAUAGCCAAACAACCCUAAUCAAUUAAGAUUUAAAAUUUGAAUAUCAUUUACAAUUCAAACACUUUUAACUCUUCUCAAAAAAAGGGAGGAGCGUAAACUAAAAAAUGA